CUAUUUAAUACCUUAAUUAACGGUGCGUUGCUAAUAUUUUCCGUCGCUCGUCGUUUGCAGUUACAUACCUAUGUACGAAUUAUUCACCCGCGCCAACUAGCUUGAUUCAAGCCGUCUCUUGGGCGUAAUAUCAUACCAUUUACAAAAAAAAAUAUUUAAUACAUCUGUAUUAUUAAUUUAAUUUAAUUAUAAUUAAAAAACAAUAAUAAUAAUUUAAUAUGUCCGUCACUGCAACAAUAAGCCACGGCGACUCGCGGUUAAAUUCUCUGCUCUCCGAUUUGAUGUGUCUGGAUCGCGUCAAAACUGAAAUACCCGUGAUCGGCUUGGGUUGCAAAUACUUCACGAAGCUCAUUGCUGGUCUCAAGGAAUCCUCCGCCGUCGUCGAGUGGAGUCUGAACAAAGCCACCAUCGGCGUGGAUCAUGUGGUCGGAUUUCCGUACGUCAAAGACCAACUGUUGGCCAUCGAUCGGUUGUUGUGCUCUUCGUUGGACCUGACAGAACUCUCAUUACCCGUGUUGACUAGAACGCCGCAAGAAAUGUACGAUGGAAGUGUAGAAUAUGUUAUUGGAAUAGUAACACCGAUUACCAACUGGGUUGACUUGGAGCUUCUGCCUCCAGCAGAAUAUUAUGUCGACCAUUAUUUGCCGGAAUUAGAUCUUGAUCAACAAAUAAAGCCUGUAAAUAGUGAAAAGGGUCCAAGAGCAUGUCAACUAUCCGUGAAGCUUGUUCGACGCAUCAAACAACAUGCUUACGCCGAACCAAAAUAUUUGGGGAACCUGAUAUACAGUUUGUAUGGAGAAUCAAUCUUACUGGCGAAAAUAUUUGUUUUUGAACCAAAGUUGUUGCCAAAGACGUUUCGUCAGAUCUGGAAGAAACUCGGUGAUGGCGUGACACCGUCUGAGGUGGCCAAUAGCCUAUUGUUGGUGGAAAUGGGCUGUCUGCGACUUAGAGAAGGAGCAUCUUUGGUUGUCAAGAUGAUGGAAAUCACCGAACAAAUGGCCAAAUGUUACAUAGAAAUGUUUAUACGAUAUGUGUUCGAAAAAAGAAAUUAUGUGGUCGACAACCUAUCGAGAGUUGUAAAUCCUAUGACAAAAAAACAGAAAAAAAACAUGGAAUCUAUGUCUCAACAUGAAAAAGUGGAAACUGAAACAAUAAACGAGAAUACAAAUGGCGGUGAAUAUUCAUCAUCUUAAAAUUGAACCGACCCUAGGUUAGGUAGCUUAUAGUUCAAAUUGUACGUACUUACAGAGCUAUUUUAGUGGUUUCAGUUUUAAUAUUAAUCAUUUUUAUAAUUAGAAUUUAUUUUAUAUUUUACUAAUUUUUAUUUACAUUUUGUUCCUAUUUAUUUUGAAUUUUAAGUUUUAUGAAAAGAAAUACAGCAAUUUAUUAUU